AUGGUGCCCGCCAUUGCCUCGCGGUCGCUGGAGACCGCCGGCGGCCGGUACCUCUCCCUCCUCGAGAAGUCCUUCACCGACUCGGCGAAGAUCGACAUCGAGUACCACAUGAAGGACUACUUUCUGGUGCACUACGUCUAUGGCUUCGCCAGUCAGGACUUUGUCUACUUCGCCACCGUUCAGCGGCGGUCGCACCUGCGCGCCCUCGAGGAGUGGGGCUACAUCAGUCGACUGGGCCGGGUCUGCCAGUCCGACGCCGGCUACAGCACCUACACCGAGGUGACGCUCCAGUGCACCGGACCGGAUGGCGCCCCCUAUCCGCUGCUGCAGGACGCGACGCUGAUCGACGCCGGCGACGAGCUGGCCCGAUCGCUGCGCAUUCCCUCCCGCUCCAAACUGCUGGUGGGCGUCUUCUCCGCCGCCCUCGAGCACACCUCCAACCCGGACCGAAAGAGCGCCGUCUGCGUGUACACGCUCCAGGAGAUUGAGCAGAAGUUUGCGCAGAACAUUCACAUGUGCUACAAUGGCUCGGUGGCCAGUCGCAACAUGGAGUACAUUGCCGGCAACCUGCCCGACUGUCCGAGCAAGCGAACAUCAAACAUUGUCUCGUUUUGCUCUGAAACACUGAAAAUCAACGGUUCAGUGCCGAUCAGUCGAACUGCAGCAGCCACUUAUCCCGCCUCAACGCUGACAUCAGUUCUCGGUCAGGUGACCUCAAACUCCUACAAUGUCCUCUUUGCGGGCACACAUGAUGGAAAGCUAAAAAAGCUGCUUCUCUCCAACAUUGGCCUGGCGGAGGAGUUUGACCAGGUCACAGUUGACGAGGGCCACGGCAUACUGCCUGACAUGCUCAUCGACACAACCGGAAAGUACCUCUACGUGGCAUCGCCUUAUAAGAUCGUCAAAGUGCUCAUCAAGACCUGUCCUGGUUACAGCACCUGUCGGGCCUGUUUGAACUCCCGGAAUCCGUACUGCGGCUGGUGUUCACUGCAGAAAACGUGCACACUGCGGUCGAACUGCAUUGAAACUCGCUCCACCAUCUCCUCUCGAUGGCUCUCUGUAGACUCUAACCGCUGUGUUGAGUUUCAGUCAAUCUACCCGGAAAAUAUGCCCGUCAGUUCGGUGGAGAAGGUGAAGCUGGUGAUCAACCAACUGCCCCGAUUGCCUCGAAACGUCACCUACCAGUGUGUGUUUGGCAGUAAUGCGCCCAUUGAGGCAGAGCCAAUGCCCAAUGGACUGAUUUGCCAGUCACCGCCCGUCUCGCAGCGACCGAGGUUGUCCUCAGAGCAGGACUUCAUCUCUGUUGAUCUCUCCAUACGGCCUUCAGACAGCAAAACCGAUUUUCUUCAGCGUAAAUUUAUCUUCUACGAUUGCAACUUUUACAAGACUUGCACAACCUGUGUUCAGUGUCGCUGGGGAUGUCAGUGGUGCUUCAAGGAGAACCGAUGCGUCAGCUCGGGUUACCUUUGUGGAUCUCAAUCGUCAAACUACUCAACGGCUCGAUACCCGACAAUGGGCCAGCAGGCGCUGAGCAACUCGCAGCACCAGCAGGUGAUUCGAAACAAGGAGAGCUGCCCGAGCUUCAACCUGACCCACCGGCAGACGGACAUUUCGCUGCCGAGCGGCGUCACCCGUGAGAUUACCCUGCCCAUUCAGAAUGUCGCCUUUGGGAGCGUCCUCUUCGGCUGCAUCGUCACCAUUGAGGGUCGGCAGAACUACGUUCACGCCCGAGUGGAAAGCAGCAACAUCAUCUGCUCGCCGAGCAAGUUUGAGUACGUCAGCGAGAACUCCACCGGCUCGGCGACGGUCACCGCCGUCUGGAACAAGUCCAACUACAUUGAUCAGAUUAAUGUGACCCUCUACAAGUGCCGCUUCCUGGGCGCCUACAACGACCGCUCCGACUGCUCCAUCUGCCUCAACCUGGACCGUUCCUUUGAGUGCGGCUGGUGCGGCGGCGCAUGCGUGCACGCUUCUGAGUGUCGCGAGCCGCUGAGCGCCAUCUGUCCGCCGCCGCGCAUUGACUGGAUUCACCCGCUGUCGGGGCCCAUUUCCGGCGGCACGGUGAUCACCGUGGAGGGCAGCAACCUGGGCACGACGCUGGAGGAGAUUCGCGACAAGGUGCUCAUUGGCGGGCAGCCCUGUCAGGUGACCAGUCUGAACAUCUCGGUAGCCUUCAGCUGCGUCACCCGGGCGGUGGGCAAGCCGAUGCUGGCCGACGUGGUGGUCGGCAAUCGAGCCGGCUUCUCCACCGCCAGGGACAAGUUCCUCUUCGCCCAACCGGAGCUGCUCUCCUCUUAUCCGAACAGCGGGCCCCACUCUGGCGGCACCCGAAUCUACAUCAUCGGCAAGAGCCUGAGCAUUGGCACCAGCCUGGAGGUGUUUCUCGACGAGCACCCCUGUCUGGUGGAGAAGAUGCUCGCCAGCUCGACGCAAAUUAGCUGUCGAACGACGGCCGCCAAAAACGGCCACCAGCAGACGAUCAGCAGGCUGAUUGUGAAGAUUGACAACGCCACGCUAAGCCUCGACUCGCCCUUUCGCUACCUUCCCGACCCCACUAUUCAGCGGAUCUACCCGCUGAAGAGCUACGUCUCCGGUGGACGGUCGAUGACGGUGGUGGGCACCAACUUCGACACCGUCCAGCAGCCGAGGAUGGCCAUCUUUGGCAUCGACGGCUCCUUCAUCAACGACACCGUCUGCGAGGUGCUCAGCGCCGGACAGAUGAGCUGCCCCUCGCCGCCGGUCAACGCCGAGCUGAUCGACAUGAUGUACCGGGAGCAGCAGCAGACGGUAGACGGUACCGGAAGCGGUACCACUACGACUGGAGCACAAACUUCUUCCUCCUUUUCGGGAAACGGUCCCCAGCAACAGCAGGAGCAACCUCCUUCCUCGUCCUUUCUCUCCAACGAGCCCAAUCCGCCCGCCCAAUCGGUCUUUGACAAGAUCGCCCUCCGCAUUGGCUUCAUCAUGGACGGCGUGAUGACGGUGCGCGACCUGGCCGCCAACUACCCCACCAUUCACUCCGAUCUCGUCUACGUGCCCGAUCCAAAGGUGUUCCAGUUUGAGGAGGGCAUCAAAGACUUCAAGGGCGACUCGUUGGUAAUUGAGGGGGAAAACCUGCGACUGGCCAGCUCUGACUCGGAGGUGAACGUCACCAUCGGCACCGCCCUCUGCAACCUCACCUCACUGGCGCCCAAUCAGAUCUUCUGCAUUCCGCCCGAGGAGCAGCCGGAGCCGACGGACGAGUUUGGUCGUCGAACGCCACUCUACCUGCCACUCGUCGUGGCCCACUUUGGCAGCUCGUUGCGCUACGAAAUCGGCUACCUGCGCUACGACUCGGCGGCAAAGGCCUACGAGAUCUCCUUCCUCACCAUCGGCUUCAUCGUCAUCUUCUCCGUCAUUCUGAUCACCUUUGUGCUGGUCUCCUUUGUCUUCAUGCGCCACAAGAGUCUACUGGCGGAGCGGGAGUACAAGCGCAUUCAGAUGCAGAUGGACACGCUGGAGAACUCGGUGCGCAGCGAGUGCAAGCAGGCCUUCGCCGAGCUGCAGACCGACAUGACCGACCUGAGCAAUGACCUGGAGAACUGCGGCAUUCCCAUACUGGACCACCGGACCUAUGUGAUGAAGGUCUUCUUUCCCGGCGUCCACGACCACCCGCUGCUUCAGUUCAGGGCUCGCAACGGCGGGGGCGGCAGUGGCUCCAGUGGCUCCUCCACCGCCUGCGCCUACAACAUCUACGAGCUGGCGAUGGCGCAGUUUGAGCAGCUGAUCUACAACAAGCAGUUCCUCCUGUGCUUCCUCAACACACUCGAGUCCAGUCAGAGCUUCAACAUUAGAGAUCGCGUAAACGUCGCCUCGCUGCUGAUGGUCAUCCUCAUGGAGCGGAUGGAGUACGCGACGGACAUCCUCCGAACGCUGCUCUUCCAGCUGGUGGAGAAGUCGGUCAACUCGAAGUACCCGCAGCUGAUGCUCCGCCGGACCGAGUCUGUGGUGGAGAAGAUGCUCACCAACUGGCUCUCGCUGACGAUGUACGACUACAUGAAGAACUACGCCGGCUCACAGCUCUUCCUCCUCUUCAGCGCCAUCAAGCACCAGAUCGAGAAGGGCCCCAUUGAUGCAGUUACCCACGACGCCCGGUACUCGCUCUCCGAGGAGCGCCUCCUCCGCGAGCACUACUGCAACUACGAGCAGAUGUUCCUGGUGGUGGCGCUGCCCGACCGCCCCCACGACAAGUACCACGUCCGCGUGAACGACUGCGACACCAUCAGCCAGGUAAAGGGGAAGGUCCUGGACGUCGUCUACAAGAACACGCCCUUCAGCUGUCGGCCGGCGGUGGGCGACUUUGAGCUGCAGUGGCGCGACCCCUGCACCGGCGCCCACCUGCAGACGCUGCAGGACACCGACCAGAGCACCAAGCGGGAGCAGCCGCACCACCUUUCCGCCAGUCGGCUGAACACGCUGAAGCACUACGGCGUCAAGUCCAUGGCCCUGGUCACCAUGGUCCCCAGGCAGCAGCUUCUUCAGCAGCACCACCACCAGCAAACCAUGUACGGCAGUCGAGGAAUCAGUCACCACCACCACCAACAGGGCGGGACGCUGUACCUGCAGCAUUCGGGCAGUACGAAGAAGAGCUCCUCCUCCUUUUACCCACUCCUAGGCAGCCCCAACAGCAGCGUCUCCAACGGCUUCGGCGGCGGCGCCGACUUCACCGACAGCGACCAUUUCUGGCAUCUGGUGAAGCCCUCCGUAGAUGAGAUGUCCGGCAAGGAAGGAGGCGGCUCUUCUAGCUCCUCUUCCGCCUCAGUCCUCAUGCACAAGGCCAUUCCGGAGAUCUUUCUCACGCGACUGCUCUCCACCAAGGGCACCAUUCAGAAGUUUGUCGACGACUUCUUCAGGACGAUUCUCGUGGCAAAUGAUGCGCUGCCAGUCUCUGUCAAGUGGAUCUUUGACUUGCUGGACGAAGCUGCCGUUCUCUACAACAUCCUUGAUCCGGACGUGGUGCACGCCUGGAAGUCCAACUGCCUGCCCCUUCGCUUUUGGGUGAACUUCAUCAAGAAUCCCAACUUUAUUGUGGACAUCAACAAGACGGCCACUAUUGAUUCGAACCUUUCUGUGAUUGCACAAACGCUAAUGGACUCCUGUUCCUCCUCUGAUCCUCGACUAGGCAAAGAUUCGCCUUCUAGUAAACUGCUUUUUGCCAAAGACAUUAUCACUUAUCGAAAACAAGUGUUGCAGUUUUACCAUGACGUCUACCACAUGCCUCCAGUUCAUCAUGAAACACUGAUCUCAUACAUGCAAUCUUUAAAUCAGGCCCACUCUGGUGAAUUUGACACUGUAUGCGCAUUGAAGGAGCUUUUUGUUUACGCCGUCAAAUACUCAAACGAAAUAAUCGUGAAUCUGCAGCAGUGCGACUACGUCACGCAACAGCAAUCGCUUGACAAAUUUAUCAACCUGAUUAACUACAAAUUUUAA